CAGCCACUAAACAAAGAGUGAGAUCGUGCACUCUAGUCUGAGAAAGACAACACCAUCCACGACAUCCUUCCCAAUACCGCAGGCAACACCACACAUUGAAUCAGGGUACUGGUAAACUUCAGGACAUGUCGAGGGCUUGGUGGACUUGUCUCUUCUUACUGGGAUUGGCGACGGCCAAUGAAAAGCCAUCAGGUUCGGAUGUGGUGCAGUUUAUGAUUCACAAAGACACCGGCAGUGCUUCCGCCGCUGUCGAGGACCAGCCCGACUUGAUUAACUGGCGGGAUGAAAAAGGUUGGUCACUACUUCAUCACGCUGCCUGGCAUGGAUCUUCAGAGGUCAUUAACAGUCUUGUGAAAGCUGGCGCUGAAGUGGACCUGAAAGACUUAGUAAAGGGUGUGACCCCGCUGAUGGCUGCUGCGGAGAAGGGACAAGAGGAGGCACUGAAGACACUCGUGAAAGCUGGGGCGGAUGUCAACGCUACGGACAGUGAGGGCAAGGGUGUCGUUGUGCGAUCAGGGAGCAGCUCUGUGCUACGGCUACUUCUUGAUGCUGGAAUUGAUCUUGACCAUCGUGAUUCCUUAGGGAAUACGCCAGUAAUGAAGUGGGCACAGGAGGGACGGGCGGACAUGCUCAUUGAAGCGCUUCCGCAUUGUCCAGACAUCACUCUCACUAACCACAACGAUCUUACGGCCUUGGAUGUGGCUACGAUGAACAGGAACGUUAACGCCACAAAACUCAUAGAAGACAAGAUCCAGGUCAUGUGUGUCACGGAUGGUGUCCACUACCCGCUCAAUCACACCAGGUAUGAGGGAUGUCAUGAGGUCAGAUGUGAAGCCAAGUGCCAAUGGACGAAAACUGGAAAUAUUGACCAGGCCUGCAGUGACGUCAAUAUCGACUCUCUUGACAAUCCUGGAGGGACACGGCACAACAGUGAAGAUGGGCGGCCUAUAUCUGCGGAGGGGAUGCUGCUCGUGACAGUGCAUCAGAGAGUGCGCCAGGCGAUGUGUCCUUGAAAGGCGUGGCAGCCAAGCUCAAAUGGGAGACAAAAGAAAUCCGGAUAAAGUUACAUUUUUUUCUAAGUGCAGCUGAAGCUGAUGGAGUUUCUUGCAGUUAUAUCAAUUUAAAUGACAAUACCAAUAUUUUUUUCCGGUGUUUCUGUUAUAUAAUACGAGAAAUACGAGUGACGAAUUGUCUUAAAGUAGUUAUAACUUAUAGAAUUUAAUGAUAAAAUGUAAUAGCUUUACAAAUAAGAGAUCUGCUUUGGAUCAGCAUUGUUGGGGCAUCACCUGAAGCAGUCCACUGAUUUGCUCUGUAGUUGUAAAGAUCUUGCUUUAUGCAGAACUAACAUAAAUACUAAGUUCAC